AUGACGACCUUCGCAGCUUCUAACUCCACCUUCAAAACCCCCUCCUCCUACCGUCUUACCUCCGCCGAUGACUCCGAUGAUGAUUCCAUCCUAGGAGAUGUCCCAGUCCUCUCCUCAGUGGCAAACGAGCUGUUAGCCGAAAACAGUGGCCUAGAACGUCGUUCCUCAGCAGGGAGCAAAACUCCCGGCUCCAACAGCAAAACCUCUUCAUCUGGUGGAAUAAGUAGCAACGCAUACUCUCCCGACUUCCAUACUGCAAGGAACUUUGUCACACCGGCUGCUAGAACCACCCGGCGAGCCUACCUCUCGUCUGUGACUAGAAUAAGCAAUGGAAGUAGCGGUUCAGGCGAAGGUUCUGCUGAAAAGAACUAUGAUUUGUCGAGAAUCGGCGAUGGUCUUAACGCGCCGAGCACAAUCGCUAGGACGAUUGGCUCUGUUGCCCGUGCCCGCCCGACUACGAUCUCCAAGCGCCCUGUUAGGGCACUAGGCAUUGGAAUGCCUAUUCGUGGCCCUAGACGAGAUUAUUCCAAUCAAGGAAUUGAGGAAUUGACAAGCCCUGAAGAAGAAUAUGACGGAACAAAACAAGACUUCUUAGUCGAAUCUCGUGCACAGAAGGAGCAGGAAAUUACAGGGACCGAGCUACAGGCGGACCGCAGUCGAGAUUCUAGUGCCAGAAAAGUAUCUAUUGCCGGGGAAACUGUACGACGGGAAUCGCUGGAAUUUACAAGGGAUCGGCCCUCGCCAAAUCAGUAUAAUCCGCUGAAGAGGCAGUCUUCCGCUAGCUGGAGAGAGCAGGCCGUUCCCUCAAAAAGAGAAUCCCCGGACAAAAAAAGAGAUUCGCCUCUACAUAGGGACUAUAUGCCCGAAAGUCCAGUUGAAAUGAUGAGGAAAGCUCAGCUACAAAACUAUCAAGCUGGAAAUCUCGAAUUUGAUUUUGGUGCGGGAAAGCUCGUCUCUAGAUCGAAUUCGAGGACAGGCUCCGCAUCUAGACAAUCUUCUCAGGAAAGACUCGGUCUGAAGUUCUCACUGCCUUAUCCUAUGCCUGAUAAGGAGAAUGAUCAAUCCCAGCCGAAGAAACUUGGACCAUCAUUUGAAAUCAACAAGCCCGCUUUCGAAAAGUCACGGCCAUCCACUCCCCCUUCUCCAAUCCCUGAAAGAAAAUCUGCUCCCAAAGUGCAGGAGCCCCAACCAACAUCGCCAAGAAGAGCACUCGGGGCCCUCUCUGUAAACACCCCUCGGAGAGCUGCUCCGCCGCCACCUCAAACAAAAGUAGCGCCCGUUCCGGCAGCGCCCGUUAAGGAGCCGGCCCCUGCUACCCGAAGAAAACGGCAGCACGUCAUUGUUAAUGGCAAACAAUAUCUUAGGCUUGAUCAAAUUGGACGGGGUGGAAGUGCCAAAGUUUAUAAAGUCAUGGCUGAGAAUUACAAGAUGCUUGCUAUGAAGAAGGUUAUGCUAGAGAAGCAGGAUGAAGCUACGAUUCGUGGUUUCAAGGGUGAAAUCGAUUUGCUGCGGAAGCUGCAGGAUGUAGAUCGGGUUGUGAGAUUAUAUGACUACGAGAUUAAUGAUGAACGGAGUACUCUCACUGUGCUACUCGAAUGCGGCGAAUCUGAUCUUAAUCGAAUCAUCACCUCCCGCCACCAUUCUGACGACUCGACCCUCGAUGUGUCCUUCGUUAGACAUUACUGGAAGGAGAUGCUCGAAUGCGUGGACUCUGUACACGCUCGGAACAUUGUACACAGCGACCUAAAACCCGCCAACUUCCUCCUCGUUCAGGGUCGUCUAAAGCUCAUUGAUUUUGGAAUCGCUAACGCUAUUCAAGACGAUACGGUUAAUGUCCAUCGUGAACACCAAGUCGGUACAGUGAGCUACAUGGCGCCUGAAACCAUCGUCGAUUUUAAUUCUGGCAAGACAACAUCAGAUGGUAGAGCAGCUCCACGCUUGCAUAAGCUUGGUGCACCAAGUGAUGUUUGGAGCUUGGGAUGUAUUCUGUACCAAAUGACGUAUGGUCGCACACCGUUCGCACAUCUGAGUACACUAUACCACAAGAUGUCAGCUAUCCCAGAUCCAAGACACGAAAUCGACUACCCGAGUACUGGUAUUGGUGGUACCCCGGUCCCAGCAAGCCUGAUAGCGACCAUGAAAGGUUGCCUCGAGAGAGAUAAGAAUAAGAGACUUACAAUCCGAGAUAUGCUUAGCUACGAGGAUCCAUUCUUGAACCCAGAUCGGGUGACAGAAGGAGCUGCAGACAUCAGUGAGGACGUUCUUGUUAGCUUGAUGGAGAAUGUCGCAGAAUAUACGAAGGAGAAGGGAGCGCCAACGGAACAGCAGAUCCGGGUCUGGGCGAAGGAUGUGUUUGGCAAGCUCAAGAAAAAGAUGCUUGAAAGGAGAGGAAGUACCGCUCGGUAG